UUUAUCAAAAUAGGCCUAAAUGAGUUUGAAUCCCGCGCAAAUUACAUAAUCUGGGUGUUGAGUUAUUCACCGGACCUGACUGCACCACCACAUACAUGGAAUGUGUGGCAGCGGCCUUCUCACCCUCGGUGGCUACUGCUAUUGUGCGCCAGCCAUUAUUAACAUGCGCCUCCAAGAAAAGGAAAAUUAGUGGUGGGUUGUUGUUGAGAGCCAAACUCAACGACGACGACGAAGAUGACCCUUUACUCCAAUCCGCCAUUGAUCGCGCUUCUCUUCGCUUUCAGGAGACCCAUCGUCCAGAUCCUCUUUUUGUCGACCAAUAUGCUGGUUGCUUUGUUUCUCACAAUAUUCUGAUGGAUAUGGAGCACUACUCACACCAUUAUUGCCUUGCAACCAAGUUUAUUGAUGAUAAAUUACUUACGACAAUGAACAAUAUGGACGGACUUAAGCAGGUUGUUCUGUUAACAGAUGGGAUGGAUACUCGGCCUUAUAGGCUCAAUUGGCCAACUUCGACUAUAAUGUUUGACGUAUCGCCUGAAAGAGUAUUCAGAAAAGCAGCUCAGAAGCUUGAAGGUGCAUUUUACUUCACCAAAUUUAUCGAUGUUGGAGCUAAGAUUCCAAAGAGCUGCUUGUUUCUUCAUGUUUCACUGGAGGAAUCGCCUGAUAUACAACAUACUUUACGCAGCAAGGGAUUUAAUGGAAAUCGACCAAGUAUAUGGGCCCUCCAGGGACUGCCAGUGAUGACUUUGGAGAGUUUUGAAGAAAUUAUUUCCAUUGUAAGUAACUUGGCCAUGAAGGGAUGUCUUUUUUUGGGGGAAUUACCUGCCUGGUUGAUAGAAACCGAGACUGAAAUCAAGUCAAGCACACAGAAUAUGGACAAGCUUUUUAUGAGCAAUGGUUUCCGAGUGGACAUGAUUUGCAACAAUGAAAUUGCAAAGAACCUAGGCAGGAAACCGUUGCCAGGAGACUACAAGAGCAUUUUUUUUGUUGCCGAACAAUUACGAUUUUCUGAUGAUCAGAUGGAUACAUGGAGGAGAGAAUUUCAAAGAGUAGAGGAAGAAGGUGACGAGGAAGGAUUUGAGGAGCUCUAAAUUUAAAAGGACGUUGUCAAUACUAUAUUGAAAAUAUAUAUGAGUAGUGCAAAUCCAUUACACCAAUGUUAUAUGUUGACAAGUAAUUCCGGAAACAUAGUAUGAUAUAAAAAUGUAACAAUGUCAGACACAUCAUUAGGGGGUAUUUUCAAGUGUCUCAAGCAUUUUUCUAAAAAAGGUGGUGUGGCAUUAUUGUGAGAUACCCAUUGUUGCAAAGCAUUCAAGAGUUCUUGUACUUGGUAGGUGGUGCAUUCGAGAAAUUUAUUCAAUGUUUAUUUGGUGAUUCAAUUUUAUAAUUAUUGGUUUAAAUUGGAGAA